AGUGGAAAGAAUUUUUUUUGUUGCUCAUAAUGUUUAGCGGACAAAAAUAGUAAAAGUUGCAGAAAACAUUUAACAGAGGUAGUACAAAGUUUUCGAACCAAUAUUUCAACCAUUCACCUAAUUAUUUACGGAGUAAUUUUUUUUUUUGUAAAAAAAAAACAAAUAAAGCUGAAAAGUUGUAAUAAAGGAAUAAAAUGAAAUUCCUGGAUAAAAAAAGUGUACGGAAAAUCAAAUUUCACCCCAAUAUUACUAGUCCCCACCAGUCAAUGCAAGGACGUUGGUAAUACUCUUCUUCUUCGUCUUCUCUUUUCUCUCUCCUCCACUUUCUUGUCGCAUUCACUCUUCAGUCUUCUUCUGCCAUUUUAUAUUGCUUAAACAAAUCAUUUCUGUAAUAUUCAACAAAUAUGGGUGACCCACACAAUCCAAUUACGGACAAACCAUGUGAGAUAUGUGGGAGUGUUGGCUGGGUAGAUCCCCUCAGAAUUUGCUCUAAAUGCAAAGUAACCCGUGAACACAUCUAUUGCAUGCGAGUAGCUUAUAAUGGUGAUCAAGAAAAAUGGGUUUGCGAAGAAUGCGACUCCUCCAAUGUUGCAAAUCAGUUGCCUUCGAAACCAGCUUCAAGCAAACAGCCUAGUGGCACAGGGCUGAGGUUUUCAAUCAAGAAGCCCCCUCCAAAUACAAGGGUGCAGUAUAUAUCACCUGAGGAAGCAAUAGUCCUAGAAACUGAAGCAAUGAGAAACAACUUAUCUUCUCCAAGCAAAUCAUCUUUUGCACAUAGGUCGCCAACACCAUUCAGAAUUAAACCAAAUCCUACAGUUGGGAUUUCUCGACGCAGGGAGCCCCAGAGUGACUGGAGCUUGCCUAGCGGUUCAAAAGAUAGGAAGUCUUUAGCUUCUACUGUGGUAGAGAAUUCUGUAUUCCAAAAAGAGCAUGCUUGGCAAGAUUCAUCGACAUCUAGACGGUCCUUAGCUAGAAAUACGCAAACAUCAAAUGUUAUGCAUAAGGAAAAAGAAGCAUCUGCACGGGAAAGUCCGACUGCUAAGCGUGUGACUUUUGGGAAACUUCCCAAGCCUGCUGCUCAAAGAGACAAUAUCAAUUCAGGCCAUACUUCCACGCAGUUAGGUCAGCGUUUGCCUGCUGUAAGUUCAGAUGGAUGUGCACAGCAAUUUGGUGCAAACACUCCUGCUGCUGAGCUUUUGCCGAAUAAAAAUAUUUCUAGAACUGAUAUAAACUCAGGGGAUACUUCUCAGUUAGUCCAUACUUUUCCUAAUGUAACAUCGGGAAUGGAUGUUUGUAUUGAGGCUUGGAAUAAGAAAACUGAUCCUAAGGGGAGGGAGUCUCCAAAAGUUACAAUGGUGUUUGAUAGCCAUCUACCUAACCAUCCUGCAAUGUCCCCGACGUGGAGGGGAACUUUUCAGAUCACAAAUGAUGUUGGGCUUUGUAAUAUUUUCAAUGACAUUCAAGCACAUCCUCCUUGUAAGGUUCACAGGAAAGUGUACCAGGUGUCGAAACAAUUUCCCAAGACACUUGCAUUAAACAUGCUGCCUCAAAGGGAUUAUUGGGUGGAUAUCUUUGAGGACGAUGUCCCUGGUGAGCUUCACAUUGGCCUAUAUUUUCUCCCUCCUAGGCUGUCCAAUAAGAAUGGAGGUUUUCCUGCAUCAACUUGUGACCUUGAGCAAAGAUACUAUUCCCUUUUGGACUAUCUUGAUGAGCAUGACUAUCUCUUGAGAACUAGCUUUGAUGAAGUGGAGCUAAUUGUUUUUUCCUCUAAACAUUUGCCAAAAGAUUCUUGCAAAAUAAAUCAAAAGUCUUUCUUGUGGGGAGUCCUCCGUCCUUCUGUGGCUAAAUUUGGAGCAUCCAAGACAACUAUUCCUGCACAAAACUCUGAGGUGAUAGAUGAGAUCACAGAACCGUCAAGAACGAAGUCUUUGUCAGCGAGGGAUGAUGCUGUCCAUUCUUCAUACAGCCAGCAAGUACAGCAGCCAAUGUCAGAAGAGCAUGAAGCCGAAGACAUGGUUGUUGAUAUGUUAGGAGGAAGGGAAUUGGAUAAUAUCGACAUUGUUGUUUUAAAACCCACUGUCAAUUCAUGUGAUGGCCUCAUAAAAAGUGAGAUAGAGACAGGCAGCAAGGUCAAAGCAUCGCCAAAGAGCACAGGGGAGUCAGUACUUGAAUUCUCUCCGAUCAAAAUUGAAAGAGAGUGGACUAACUCAAAAGCAAUAGAGGACACUGGCUUGGAAUUCGAGAAAGAAUUGCAAAGGAGUUUUGAUAGAUUUGCAGCAUUGAUGGAACUAAAAAAUGCAGGCAGUUUUGUAAGCAAAGUCAAACAAGAGGCUGAUGCCCAAGAGCAGCUAUUCUAAGCGAUGAGCGUGAUAACAUCAUCUGUAAUUAGACAGUGGACAGCAUUAACUUGUUAACAAUUAGGCAAUACCAGAAAUGUACAGCAAACAGCAUACAGGAAAUUAGUGAGCUACAUCAGGAAUCAGUGUAGAUAUAGGACAGAAAUAGCUUGGUUUCCUCAGAAAAGAAGUAUGCGCGAUGGCUAAUUUCAGGGAUCUUUACUAAGCCCAAAACUCGAUUUUUUUUUGUUUCUUACAUCAUACAAGUAUUUUUCAUGUGGGAAAUGGAAAAUUGUGUUCGUUUUUUUUCUUUUUCCUGCGCCUUUUUUUCCUCCCUUUUGGUAGAAUCUUAACUCAUACAAACUUGAAGCUUAAGUUUGGAUUACACUAGCUUGUUAUUGUUGAGGAGAAAUGAUUGAACCUUGAAUGAUAUAGAUGCUGAAUCUUAUAAAUCUAAAAAAUGAGCUUACAUUUUUCACUUUGUUCAUGUAGCAAAAAGAAGGAAAAGGAUGGGAGGGGUAUGUUAUUUUGUCAAUUUCGGGUUCAAUUUGAAUUUCUAAGAGUUUACUCUUAAAACCUUACUCGAGUAUUU